CAGAUUUUACCGCCGACUGGGCGGCGGGCUUGUACUCUUUGCCCCCUUUUUAUUCUUGUCGACUUCCCCUCCCUUCGUGUUCCCAUUCCACAAGGGAGCAAAAGGCCGCCUCUUCUGAUCAUUUGGCGCUAACUAUUGUUUACAACCUGCGUCCUUAUAAUCCCAACUAGACCAAGGCUGGGAUAAAAAUUGCCUUUUUUUUAUAUUUUUUUUAGUACACGCACGAUUGAAGCUAGCUAGCUAGGUACCUAUUUAGAAGGUACUCAUACAAAGCCUGGUUCAAGCUCAAGUAGACCAGGGAGAAGGGAGGGGAAAAAAUAGAAAAAAAAGAAAAAGAAAAAUCAUGGCCAGCCAGGCAAGCCAGGUACCAACACCUGCAACAGCGGGGUCUGCUCCCGCAUCAGCCACCGCAUCAAGCCAGACUGAUGAGCGGAAAAGGCGGCGCCCAAGAGCGCAGGGCGCGUUAAAAUCUCGAACAGGAUGUCGCACUUGCAAAAAAAGGCAUCGCAAAUGUGACGAGACCCGGCCCGGAUGUCUUCAAUGCUCCGUGUCUGGGUGGAAAUGCGACUACCUGGAUGAUGUUAGCGCUCCGGCACAGGCUCCGAGCCAGUCAGCGACUGACGGGCGUAUUGUUGCAGCGUUGGCCCAGUUUAAUAACUACCCUCCAUCCGCGAAGCCGCCUCUCGGGCCUGGUUCCUUGAACAGCCUUGUGCGGCCGCCGCCUAGCUUCUUGUCCCAGCUGAGCAGCGCCGAGAGCUCGGGACUUGCGCACUUCAAGUUCAACAUGCAGAUGGUACACCUGGCCAACAACGUGCCUGCGUUUGAGAAGACCCUGAUCCGCAGCAUAUAUACGGAGCCCGCAAUCCGCCACGUCGGCAUCGCGUCUUCGGUGGCCUUCAACCACGACCACUGGAACGGGACGUCGCCCAUUACCCCCGAUGUUCUCAGGAAGAUCCUCUUGGGUUGCAACAUGGCGAUCCGGGAGCUGGGCAGGCCUGGAGACGCCUCGUCGUCUGCAUCCUCACGGCCCCCGGAGCUUUCGUUACUCGUCGGCACGGUCCUUGCCGCCUGUUCUUGGCACCUCGGCGACUGCGACCAGCUGACCGGUCACCUGCGCGGGAUGCUCCGGAUCCUACUGGAGAAGCGCGGCGCAAAGCUGGUGGCGUCGGAGGACGUCGAGGCCGCCAAGGAGAUCCCCGCCUACGAGAUGAGCCGGCAAGCGACGCUGGGGGCGGCUUACAUAACGUGGAUCCGGGCGCUGGAUAGGUUUUUGGCGUGGAAGCCCGAGGAACCGGCGGAUGAGCUGGACGAGGUCAUGCUCCAGCUGAAUUCGCUGCUCGACCGGUCCAGGGAGCUCGACAUGACCGAGGCGGGCUACAAGGUUGUCUCGACGCACACUCAUCGCUCUACUUUUACUUGGGACGUUGGUCGGCGGAGUUAAGGGCGAGGAUGCAUUAUUGGGUUAGCUCUAGUCGUGAGAUUACCGGGAUUGCCUUGUUGAGAUUGACCUUCUUUACAGGCCGGUCGCUUGCCCAUUGUUGAGCUGUUUGGUGAACAGCAGACAGAAGAAGAAGAAAAAAGCAAAGGGACCUGGCAGCGCAUCUUGCCGGGAUACGAUAUCGACGUUGCCUCAGGAUAUCCUGGGCUUUUACCUGUCAGACAAGAUAAGAUAGAUGCAAGUAUUUUCUAGGGUAUUGGAAAUGACGACGACAUGUGGUAAAACUUGGUAUUAUCCGCCAUAAACUAUGUACAGACCUCUCUUGUACUAUGGUACGUAGUAGCUACCUUCGAAGUGUAAAGUUUCACAAAAUUAAGGUUUAAAUGUGCGAGCUCAAGCUGAAAUUCUCCGGGACACAAUUUGAGUUUUUUUUCUCUUUCUUUUUCUUUCUUUUGUGCUCAGUUGUGACCCCUGGUAUCGAAUCAUACUGGUGUAAUCGCUAGGUAUGGGUUCAUGCGCUGGAC